CCACACACAUCCACAAUGCCCGUUCGCAGGAAGGAGGGAAAGUCGCGCUUUGGCGCGAACAAGCCCGGACAACUACGCACAAAGACCACAGACGCCGGGAGUCUACGAUAUUCUGAGCAGACAUCACUCAACGAGCGGAUCGAGGCGACGAGGCUUGCCAACAAGAUCGACGAUGCUCAAGGAUUUGAGCGCUUCGAGGCGGGUAAGAAGAGGGUCGGAUGGCUCUGUAACAUGCACAGCACUGCGAUCGAGGACUCGAAAGUGCCCGGAGGUCGGGCAGCGGUGGAUUUCUACUUCAUCAACGACGACGGUGAAUCUUUCAAAGCCAGUGUCGAAUACCAGCCAUACUUUCUCAUCGCAGUAAAGAAGGGCCGGGAGCCAGAAGUGGAGGAAUGGGUCAAGAGAGGGUACGAAGGGCUAGUCAGAGGUGUGGACAAGGUGGUGAAGGAGGACUUGAAAAUGCCGAAUCACCUGUUGGGAUAUCGCCGGACAUUCCUGAAGCUGUCGUUCGCCAACCAGAAUGACUUGCUGGCUGUGCGAAGGGAGCUUAUGCCCAUCGCAGAGAAGAACAAGUCACAGACCAGUGCCAUGGACACAUACGCGGAGGUUGCAAGCGCAAAUGCCGGAUUCGACCUGUUCGAGGACGAGGCAGAUCGGGACAGACAACGAACGAGCAUUGCAGAUGCCAGUGACUUCAUUGUCGACAUUCGCGAGUAUGAUGUACCCUAUCAUGUUCGAGUCGCGAUCGAUCUCGACAUUCGGAUUGGAAAGUGGUACAGCGUUGAGUCGAAGCAUGGCCGCAUGAAAUUGACCUGCAUCGAAGAGCGCUUGCAGCGUGCAGAUCCAGUCGUUAUGGCCUACGACAUUGAGACGACAAAGCUGCCCCUCAAAUUUCCUGACGCCGCUUUUGAUCAGAUCAUGAUGAUAUCGUACAUGAUCGACGGACAAGGGUUUCUCAUCACGAAUCGAGAGAUCGUGUCGGAGGACAUCCAGGACUUCGACUAUACCCCCAAACCGGAAUACGACGGACCAUUCCUCAUCUUUAACGAACCAAACGAAGAAGCUGUGCUGGAGCGCUUCUUUGCCUGCAUUAAAGAAGCAAGACCGACCAUCAUCGUAACCUACAACGGAGACUUUUUCGAUUGGCCUUUCGUCGAGGCCCGUGCCAGCGUACAUGGUAUGGACAUGUACCAGGAGAUUGGCUUCCGAAAGAACAGCGAGGACAUCUACCAGUCAACACACUGUGCGCAUAUGGACGCUUUCGCUUGGGUGAGCAGAGACUCAUAUCUGCCUCAAGGAAGUCGUGGUCUGAAAGCAGUCACUGUGGCCAAGCUCGGGUACGAUCCGGACGAGCUGGAUCCUGAGCUGAUGACACCCUACGCAACGGAUCGACCACAGACACUCGCGGAGUAUUCCGUAUCCGAUGCAGUGGCGACAUACUAUCUGUACAUGAAAUAUGUGCAUCCCUUCAUCUUCUCGCUAUGCACGAUUAUUCCUCUGGGCCCGGAUGACGUUCUGCGAAAGGGUACAGGAACACUGUGUGAGAUGUUGCUUAUGGUGCAGGCAUAUCAAAAAGAGAUCGUCCUGCCGAACAAGCAUAUUCAGCCUAGAGAAGCUUUCUGGGAAGGCCAUCUGCUGGACAGCGAGACGUACGUGGGUGGCCAUGUCGAAAGUAUCGAAUGCGGAGUGUUCAGAGCGGACAUUCCGACAAAUUUUGCUGUCGAUCCAGCAGCAAUUGACGACCUGCUGCGAGAUUUGGACGCAGCCUUGAAGUUCUGCAUUACAGUUGAAGAGAAGAAGUCGCUGGACGACGUGGAGAAUUACGACGAGGUGAAAGCACAAAUCACGGAACGCCUAAUGCAACUGAAGGAAACACCGAACAGACUGGAGAAGCCCUUGAUCUACCAUUUGGAUGUCGCAUCCAUGUACCCGAACAUCAUGACCACGAAUCGACUGCAGCCAGAUAGCAUGAUCGACGAGUCAACAUGCGCGGCCUGCGACUUCAACCGACCUGGAAAGACUUGUGACAGGAGAAUGCCUUGGUCGUGGAGAGGAGAAUUCCUGCCUGCAAAGCGUGAUGAAUACAACAUGAUCAGGCACGCCCUCGAGAACGAGAAGUUUCCUGCCAAAUUUCCGAACGGUCUUGCACGAGCAUUCCACGAUCUGAGCUUGGAUGAGCAGACGGGUCUGGUGAGGAAGCGACUGACAGACUACAGCAAGAAGAUCUACCACAAGAUUCACGAGACAAAGACAAUGGAGCGAGAAGCCAUCAUUUGCCAGCGCGAGAACCCCUUCUAUGUCGAUACUGUCAAGGACUUUCGAGAUCGUCGGUACGACUACAAGGGCCAGCAAAAGGUGUGGAAGGGCAAGACAGCGGACCUCGAGAAGGCAGGAGCCAGUUCAGAUGAGAUCCAGGAGGCCAAGAAGAUGGUGGUCGUCUUCGAUUCCUUGCAGCUUGCUCACAAAGUCAUUUUGAACUCAUUCUACGGUUAUGUCAUGCGAAAGGGAUCUCGGUGGUAUUCGCUCGACAUGGCCGGCGUGACCUGCUUGACUGGAGCGCGAAUUAUUCAAUUAGCUCGCCAGCUGGUCGAACGCAUUGGACGACCCUUGGAACUGGACACCGACGGCAUCUGGUGCAUCCUUCCCGCAACUUUUCCCGAGAACUUCGGCUUCAAGCUGAAGAACGGCAAGAAGAUGACUAUCUCCUACCCUUGUGUCAUGUUGAACCACCUAGUGCAUGGAAAGUUCACGAAUCACCAAUAUCAGGAGCUCGUUGACCCGGUCACGCACAAGUACGAGACGCAUAGCGACAAUACCAUCUUCUUCGAGGUCGAUGGCCCGUACAGGGCCAUGAUUCUGCCGACGUCUAAGGAAGAGGACAAGAACUUGAAGAAACGAUACGCAGUGUUCAACGACGAUGGCACACUAGCAGAACUGAAGGGCUUCGAGGUGAAGCGCAGAGGUGAGCUGAAGCUGAUCAAAAUCUUCCAGCAGCAGAUCUUCAAGUUCUUCUUGGAAGGCACCACCCUGGCAGAGACGUAUGCUGCGGUCGCCAAGGUUGCCAACAAAUGGCUGGAUGUUCUGCACUCUCACGGCAGCACUCUCGCGGAUGAGGAGCUGAUCGACCUGAUUUGUGAGAACAAGAGCAUGACAAAGACACUGGAAGAGUAUGGAGCGCAAAAGUCGACCGCCAUCACUACUGCGAAGCGCCUCGCAGAAUUCCUGGGCGAGCAGAUGGUCAAAGACAAGGGGCUCAACUGCAAGUACAUUAUCUCAUCACGCCCGAAGAACGCGCCAGUUACCGAGCGUGCCAUUCCUGUUGCUAUCUUCUCCGCCGACGAGACGGUGAAGCGCUACUAUCUUCGCAAAUGGAUGAAGGAGGACCCUGGCGACAUGGACCCACGUGGCAUCAUUGACUGGAACUACUACUUGGAGCGACUCGGUUCUGUCAUCCAGAAGCUGAUCACGAUUCCUGCUGCACUUCAGAAAGUCCGAAAUCCGGUCCCUCGAGUGGCACAUCCUGACUGGCUCAAUCGAAGGAUUCGAAUCAAAGACGACAUCUUCAAGCAGAAGAAGAUGACCGACAUGUUCGGAAAGCAGCCUUUGACCGAGCUUGACGCCAACAGUGUUGCCAACCGCACGAACGGCGACAUGGAGGACUUUGGUUCAACGCCAAUGUCGAAGCUCAAGCCUUCUGUCGCAGCUAAAAUUGCUGGCUCGCAGAAGAGGAAAGCAAUCGAAGCCGACGUCCCUGCCGUCACUGCGAAUCCUUACGACAGCCUCCCUGCGGUCAUGCCUUCCAUCACUGAAGACUAUCAAGGGUGGCUGAAGUACCAGAAGAAGAAGUGGAAGAUCCAGAAGGCUGCUCGAAAACGCAGACGACAGCUCUUUGGAGAGAAGCGCGCAGAUGCGACAGAUGCAAUUGGAACAUUCUUCAGAAACCAGGCUGAAGUACUCUACACCACCGACUGGCAGAUUUUGCAAUUACGGGAUACGGAUGUCCCUGGAGAGGUCAGGGCAUAUGUGCUGAUCGACAAGAAAGUGCAUCAGCUAAAGGUCAUCGUUCCUCGUCAAGUCUUCCUCAACUUGAAGGAGGACGAUCUGCCCGAUGUGACAGUCGACGGCGUCAAGGCCGAGAAGAUCACCAACCACACCCUGCCCAAUGGCCACCCGUCGACGCAUUUGUUCAAGUUGACGAUGAGCGAACAAGUCUAUGUCAAGGAGGCCGAGCAGCUCUCUACAUUGUUCAACCACACCAGUGUCGAAGGCGUGUACGAGAAGGAACUCCCACUCAACGUGCGCGCUCUUCUCGAGCUUGGUUGUGUCUGCACCUUCGACGAGAGCCAAAGAGGUGUCCUCGGCAAAGGUCUUGAGCAAGGCUUUGACCUCUCGACGCUACGAACCGUGGCUCCGAAACGACCGUACAUGAGAGGCGCUGCUUUCAGCUACCUUGCACUGUAUCACAUCAGUGCAGGCGAGCGACAAAUCUACGCUCUGUUCUCUUCAACCAAAGCCGAGGCGAAGAUUGUGGUUCUCAACAGAGCGAGGAGCGAGCAAGGCAUGCCCAACGUCGAUCGGAUCUAUGAAGAGCUGCUUGCACGCAAAUUCGAAGAAGCCGGUGGAGAACCAUGGCAGAACAUGAUCGCUUACCAGGAUGCCCUUCACUUCAAGACGGUGCAAGUCACGACUCAGCGACGAGCACUGCAGGAGUUGGGCGAUGCAGUCAAGAAGAUCCAAAGGGAAGAGAGCAUGCCGAUCAUGCUCGUCUUGCAGUCGCACAGUGCUCAGAUGCUGGUUCAUGAUCUUCCAAUUCUGCAAAGCUUCCCACAGCUCUCACUUCGAGCGAACGACACGGACAAGCAGCUUCCUCCCCUUGGAUGGCAGAGCUUCGUGGCGAAGCGAAUGGUAGGCCACUACCUUGACCUCGGACUGUGGAUAUCGCAUCUUCUGGAGUUCUCGAGGUAUGGCAACGUACCGCUUUGCAACCUGGAAAUGGACGAUCCAAGGUUCCUGAUCGACAUCGCAUACGCACGCCGUCUGCAACAGGAGCGAGUGGUCCUAUGGUGGUCGGAAGAUGCAAGACCCGAUCAUGCCGGUCACGAGAAAGAUGACAUAUUAGGCAGCAUGGAAGUGGUCGAGAUGCCAGCCGUCAACAACCCGGGCACAUACUCCAGCGUGUGCAUCGAUCUGAGCAUCAAGAACUUGGCCAUCAAUACCAUUCUGUCGUCGGCAGUGCUCAAUCAAGCAGAGGGCAGUGAUCCUAUGGGCAUAUCUGGUGCUGGCGCACAAGAAGAUGCAUUGGACGAGACUGCGCAGACAGUGCAAUCCGAGAACGCUUUCGCGGCGGCCGGCAUUGGCGCACUGCGUGAGAUGGUCCGAUCCUGGUGGCAGGAGGCUUGCACUGGUUCAAGCAGCAGCACGAUGGCCGACGUACUUGUACAGCAUCUCGUCCGGUGGGUGGAAAGUCCAAGCUCGCAUCUGUACGACCGCAACUUGCACUACUACGUGCAGAUGAUGUCGCGCAAAGCCUUCCAGCAGCUGAUGUCAGAAUUCCGCCGAGUUGGGUCUCAUGUCGUGUUUGCGAAUGCUGGACGCUUGCUCCUGCAGACCUCCAAAGCCGAGGUUGGCAACGCUUUCGCUUACAGUCAGUACAUCCUCAAGACGAUCAGCACCAAGCCUGCCUUCCACUUUCUGGACCUUGCCAUCACGGAAUACUGGGACUAUCUGGCUUGGUAUGAUGAGUUCAACUACGGAGGCAAAGGGUGCACCGAAGUCGUGGAGGCCGAGAACCAGUCCCUCGACACGAUCAUGCACUGGCAGAUGGCGAGCUUCCUACCACCGAUCCUUCAACCGAACUUCAAUCAGUGGGUCGUGGAGUACAUCAAUCUCAUGCAUGAGCGCAAGCAUCCUACCGGACUCAUCAACGGCACGCAACGAGCGACGCAACUCCCGAUCCACGCCUCCAUCUUCAACUCCGAAAAGGACGACCAGACCACGCCUGGAAACAUCCUCUCCAAGUCGAUCUCCAAACCCCUUCAAAAGCAAAUCGUCCAACUCAUCAAACGCCAACGUGCAGAAGCCCUGCACGAAGAUCUACUUCCCGAUUGGACCUUCCCUGCCCUGCCCGGUGCUCACCUUAAUCCUCAAAACCCAGUGAUCGAACUCGUCAAGUCCAUCAUGCAAGUCCUCUCCCUCGACAAAACCAUCACACUUGAAGCCCGGCUGCUACGCAAAGAUCUCCUCCACCUCUUCGAAAUCCGCGAAUUCAGCUCCGACGGCGCCUUUGCCAAUCCCAGCACUUCUCUCUCAGUCAAACAACUGAGCUGCUCUGAGUGCUGCGUCCCGCGAGAUAUCGACCUCUGUCGCGAUACAGACAUCGUGGCAGCUGAUGGCUCUCUAGCGCCGAAGUGCGGGAAUUGUAAUGCGGACUUUGAUCGACUGGGGAUUGAGGAGAAAUUGUUAGCGGAAGUGCAAAGAUUGGUCGUGCAGUGGAUGACGCAGGAUCUGAAGUGUAAAAAGUGCAAGCGCGUGAGGACGAAUGAAUUUAUGGAUCAUUGUGGGUGCGCGGGAGAGUGGAUCGGGACGGUCAAGAGGGAGGAUGUGGUCAAGGUGUUGAAGGUGUAUGAGCAGGUUGCGAGGUUUUAUGAGUUGCGAAUGUUGGAGAGUGUGGUGGGGAGUGUUGUGGGUGGGUUGUGA